AAAAAAAAGAGAAGAAAAAGAAACUUCCAUUCACUUUCCCAAGAAAUUACCCCUUAAUUUCCUUUUGCUUAGUUGUUAAUCAUAUUAGACGACUAGAGUAGACUCGGAAGUCAUAUAGUCAACUUGUUCCCACCCAGAAUAGAGGCUCAAGAAGCAUUACAAAUUCUUCUCUUUCUCAGAUUGUUUUGCAUCAAUUAAAGCUGAGAGCAGAACAAAUACAAGAAUGUCCAGCAGCCUCUUGAGCGUUUUCUCUGUACUUUCAUUUGUUUGAAUGAAAAUCUAAUUCAUCCAAGCAAAGAUAUAUUGGUGUCCCUUUUUUUUUUUUUUUUUUUCUUAAUAAAAAUUUUUGGCAUAGUUUGGUAGAUAUGGCAGAUCCUGUUACAGGGGCUCUUGUGGGGGCAGCUUUUGGAGAGGGAUUUACUAUUUUGCAUGAAGCGGUUAGGAAUGUUGUAGGCCAAGCCAUUAUGUUCAAAUCCAUUCUUAGAGACUUAGAAUCCACGCUAGAUCGUAUAGCACCACAGGUCCAAAAGAUAAAAGAAUUAAACCUAGCUCUUCAUCGCCCAGAAAGGGAAACAGAGAUCUUGACAGAACAAAUGAAGAAGGGUGCGAAGCUGGUUCGCAAGUGCUCCAAAAUCCAGUGUUGGAACUACUGUUUCAAAUCCCAUUAUGCAAGCAAACUUUCGGAGUUGAACGAUGCCAUUGAAACAUUCUGUCGUGUUGAUUUGAUAUUACAGAUCGCAGGGACUGGGUUGGAGACUUUGAACAAGCUGAAUCAGAACACAAGCAUUGCGUUGGAGACUUCGGCCAAGGUGGAUCAGAACACAAACAUUGCGGUGGAGACUUCGGCCAAGGUGGAUCAGAACACAAGCAUUGCGUUGGAGACUUCGGCCAAGGUGGAUCAGAACACAAACAUUUCGGUGGAGACUUCGGCCAAGGUGGAUCAGAACACAACCAUUGCGGUGGAGACUUCGGCCAAGGUGGAUCAGAACACAACCAUUGCGUUGGAGACUUCGGCCAAGGUGGAUCAGAACACAAACAUUGCGGUGGAGACUUCGGCCAAGGUGGAUCAGAACACAAGCAUUGCGUUGGAGACUUCGGCCAAGGUGGAUCAGAACACAGGCAUUGCGUUGGAGACUUCGGGUAAGGUGGAUCGUGUUUUGGAGCGUUUGGACAAUUCUGACGUAAGGAUGAGAUUUAGGUCACGGACACUGUCGGUGCCUAAACCCCGGGAUGAUAUUGUUGGGUUGGAUUUGCCUUUGAAGGAGUUGAAGCAGCUACUGUCUAAUAAAAAGGAGCCGCUUCUUCUAUUGACUGCUCUUGGAGGUUGCGGGAAGACCACACUCGUCAAAAUGCUUUUUUGGGAUAAGGAUAUUAAAGACAUAUAUGGGGAAAAAAUAUUUUUUGUCAACGUUUCACAAGCUCCCAACCUGACGGGCAUGGUACAAAAACUGUUUAAGCAUAAUGGUGAGGAGUGUCUUGAGUUUCAAAGUGAUGAAGAAGCAAUUGACCAGCUAGAGCAACUGCUGGAUGAAAUUAGACAACCUAUAUUGUUGAUAUUGGAUGAUGUCUGGCCCGGAUCAGAAUCCCUUAUUGAGAAGUUCAUGUUUAAUAUUCCUGAUUACAAGAUUGUGGUGACUUCAAGAACUGCAUUUCCAAGAUUUCCAUAUAGAUAUAAAUUAAAUCCAUUAAAUCGUGUAGAUGCCAUGAGUCUUUUUUGUUACUCAGCAUCAUUGCAAGACCAAGACGAGAGCUCUGACAUUCCAGAAGAAUAUAUCGAAAAGUUUGUAAGCAGUUGUGGGGGGUUGCCAAUAGCCCUUAAGGUGAUUGGUGGUUCACUCCGUGGGCAACUUGCAGAUGUUUGGCUCAGUAAACUAACAAAAUGGUCCGAGGGUCAUUCUAUUUUUGACUCUGAUGCAGAUGUGCUUGAUUGUCUCCAAAAAAGCCUAGAAUUUUCUGCUGACAAGACCCUCAAAGAGUAUUUCAUGGACCUAGGUUCAUUUCCUGAAGACCAAAGGAUCUCUGCUACUGCCCUCAUUGAUAUGUGGACAGAAUUACAUGAACCAAGCGAAAAAGAUGUCCAUGCAAUUACCAAUUUGCUUGAACUCCACAAUCGGAAUUUGGCUAGUCUUGAAAUGACAAGGAAAGAUGAAACUCAGAUCGACUACUAUUACAAUGAAGACUUUAUCACACAACAUGAUGUUCUCAGAGACCUAGCUAUCCAUCUAAGCAACCAGGAGCCAGUACUACAAAGGAAAAGACUAAUUGUGGACAUCAGGGGAAACAAUCCACCAAAGUGGUGGACGGAACAGAAGCAACCACUCAUUAAUGCACGCCUAUUAUCUAUCUCAACUGAUGAAUUGUUUUCAUCAAGUUGGUGCAACAUUCAAGUACCCGAAGUUGAGGCUUUAGUUCUGAAUUUUCAAACAAGGAAUUAUGCCUUACCCGAGUUUGUGGAGAAAAUGGUUAAACUCAAGGUUAUAGUUGUCACUAAUUAUGGUUUCUUUCCUGCUGAAUUAAGCAAUUUUCAGCUACUCAGGUCCCUCCCCAAUCUAACGAGAAUUAGAUUAGAGAAGGUUUCAAUUCCUUCCCUAUGCAAUACCCUUGUUUUAUUGAGGAGUUUGAAGAAAUUAUCUUUAUUUAUGUGUAAUAUUGGUCAAGCUUUUGGGAAUUCAACCAUAAAGGUUUUAGAUUCAUUGCCAAAUCUAAUGGAGAUAAACAUUGACUAUUGCAAUGAUUUGGUGGAAUUGCCUGGAUGGUUGUGUGAGGUUCUCCCCCUGAAAAAACUUAGGAUCUCCAAUUGUCAUAAGUUGCCUUUACUGCCCGAAAGAAUUGGAAACUUAACAAAUUUAGAAGUGCUAAGACUUAGGUCUUGUACCGAAUUGUCAAAGUUGCCAGAGUCAAUCAAAAGUCUCCAUAAGUUGAGCAUUCUUGACAUAUCUGAUUGCCUAAGCAUUUGCAAGUUGCCAAAACACAUUGGUGAGUUACAUAGUUUAACAGAGUUCCACAUGAAAGAGUGCUUGAGGUUGCGGAAUCAAUUGCCACCAUCAAUCAUGGAGCUCCAGCAGUUGAAGCUUGUGGUAUGUGACGAAGAGAGGGCCAAGUUAUGGGAGCCUUUCAAGGAAUUCCUCUCAAAUUUAAAGGUAAAAGUGGCUAAGAAAGAUAUCAACUUGAAUUGGCUUCCCAAAUAAUGAUUGUGGAGGCCAAUUUCUUCUUGAAAAAUUUUGUAGUUUUAUUAUUUGAUAUUGUCCUCUUCCGUUCUUUGUUCUUUUGUCCUUUUUUCUUUUGUAAAGAAAUAAGUGGCUUAGUACACUCGAAAAAGGAAAUGUCUUUUAGGAGUUGCAGUUGUAGAUAUAUUAUAUGUACCCCUUAAAAAGUAUUGGGAAAUUUAAUGCUGAGGGAUGUGAAUGCAUAGUUUUCAUUAUGUAUGGUUACGUGGAAAAAGAAUUUGUAAAAUUCAUUUAGUAAA